UGCCCCACGCCGGCGCCCCGCGGCAGGGAGAAGAGAAGGGGGCAGACCUGCGGCCGCCCUGCAUGGACCCCGUUCUGCCCGGCCCGGAUCUGAGAUUUGUUCCCGAAAGGAUGGUCCCUUUCAGUUUCCCUCUGUCAAAGUGUGCACUUUGGGACCCAGUUCCUAUGGGUGAUGUCAUUGGCUCACAUAUCACCUAUUACAGAAACCCAAAGUUAUCUAUGAUGGAGAAAACGUUGCGACUUGCCUAUCGCCAUGCUAAGCAGAAUGAAAAGAAAUUGUUUUCCUGUUUUUUGCUUGGGACUCUUGCAGUAGAUGAAGAUGGGGAAGGCAUAAUGCUAACAAUAGACCGCUUUGAUCCUGGUCGAGAAGUUGCUGGUGGAUUGGGCAAAACUCCAACUGCGUCUCUUCCUGGAGACUUCUUGAUUCCGUGUACAGUUAAUGCCUGGGGACCUUCUUCAGAUAAUGUUAUAGUGCACAGCGCUGAAGAUAUCAGCUUGGCUUUCAAGGGUCUGCAGCACAGUCUGUGCAGUAAAGAAUCACUGGAUCUUUCUAAACUGCUCACUGUUAGAGCUCACAUUGUUUUCACAGAAAAUCUGGAUAAUCUACAUUUUAAUUUUCACUGGGCUUCUAUUACUGCAGCAAAUAUCUUGGAAUACACCCCCAUGAAGUCUGUCCCAAUUAUUCCCACAGCUCUAGCAAGAAAUUUGAACAGUCCUAUGAAUAUUGCACAAGUCCAAGGAACUUAUAAAUGUGGCUACCUUACUAUGGACCAGACAAGAAAAUUGCUUUUGCUGCUUGAGUCUGAUCCCAAGGCUUAUGCUCUGCCAUUAGUUGGAGUUUGGCUGAGUGGAGUUACUCAUAUCUGUAGUCCUCAAGUCUGGGCUUGUUGCUUGCGAUAUUUAUUCAGUUCUUCAAUUCAAGAAAGGGUUUUUUCGGAAUCUGGGAGUUUUCUUAUUGUGCUUUAUUCAUUGACACACAAGGAACCAGAGUUUUAUGAGUGCGUUCCAUGCAGUGGACAGACUGAACUAGGGUUUCAGAUCUUAACUUGCAAUGAAACAGUACACCUCUUCAAAAAUGUUGAACCUUCAGGCAAGAGCUCUAUCCAGUUUGAGUUGAGUGCAGAAAACCAAAAUGCAGAAACUGAGUUCUUCAGCAGAGUUUGCAAGAAACUUCCUAUCAGAAGUCCUCCCCAAGGCUGUUCACCCAGCAAGUUGUCAGCAAGCGAUCACGACUCUGGUGUAGAAGAUGAGGAUUUAUCCCCCAGACCAAUUCCAAGUCCUCACCCAGUGAGUCAACAGGUUACCAGGAUCUUUCCUUCAGUUCCUGAACUGUCGCUAGUUUUGGAUGGGAGUUUCAUAGAAUCGGGACAAUCGUCUAAGCCUAUGGGGACUUCAAAUGCUAAAAGUCUACCGUCAGCACUACAUCAGCCUAUUAAGAAGAAAUGGUGCUUGGGAUCUUCAUAUUACCCCACCCAGCACUCUGAAGACAAGCAAAACUUUUCUGCUAAUAUGGGAGAUCCCUCUUUGAGGCAACUACCAAACCAUUUAAACCAGAAAAUUCCAACUUCAAGGCCUUCCAGAGGAAAGCAAGCUCUACUACAGCUACAGUUGCACUGUAAGAAAGCUUGCCUUCAAUCAAGAAGAAGUUCCGGAUCUUCUUCUCCUUCAACCCCUUGUAGUGGGCCUUCCCCGGAUACAUCUGUGCAUCACCCCAGAAAGCCAUCAGAAAGACUUGUAUUGAAUCCCGAUGGAGUCGCACAGCAGGGAGAGCCUCCAGUUAGAAGAACAUCAAUAUCCAGUUCCAAGCAGCCUCCUGCUGUUCCGCAGCCAGUCCUCUACAACUCUGCUUUUUCACCACAGAGCUGCAGAAGACUACCAGAACUGCAGGUGCCAGUUCAAGUGCCACCUUGCUGUCCAGCCAGUGCAUGCAACUGUCAGUUUCCUGCUUCUGUCCAAUAUAAUUCAAUAAACUCAUGGCAAGGAAUUGGUAAAAUGAGCCCCAAACAUGGAGCGGAAAUCCAAUCAGAGAUGGCUCAACAGAAUCCAUGUACAGUGCUCCAUCAAAAUAUCAUUUGCCCAAAUAUUUGCUGUAAUCCAGGAUAUACCACAAGCAGCCCUAUAAGCAUGGGAUAUCAUGGGAAAAUGGGGAACUGUUCUCUAGACAAUAGCUUAUCGCCUGGAAUGAGACUGCCUUCAAGUGCAAGCCCCUCUAGUCCGCAGUUUUGUGCAGCCCACUCACCGUGCCUGCACAUGCUUGCUUCUAAAGCAGGAUCAGAUAAUGGAAUGAUGGGAUUAUCUCCAGAUGCAUACCGCGUUCUUACAGAACAAGAUAGACAACUCAAAUUACUUCAAGCUCAGAUCCAACGCUUAUUGGAAGCACAGGCUCGUCAGGCUUGUUCCUCUGAACCAGCUGCAGCUAGCCAUGCUCUGCAGCCUGAGAAGCAAGGGGACCUUGUUUCUAUGGAAACACAGUCCUCACCAGGUUCGCACAUGAGGAAAAGUGUGAGCAUUGCUGUGAGCACAGGUGCUAGCUUAUUUUGGAAUACAGCCUCAGAAAAACAAGAUGACUCCAUACCACAAGGAAAAAAAGAGGAUGAAGAGAUUUCUAAGGAAGACAUAAGCAUUUCGAUUAAUGCUGAGCAAGAUGCAAGUAAUACAAGUAUUGCUUCUUCCUUAAAGGUGGUUGACAUGCCCAGCUUUGUAGACAGUAUUCAUCUUGUGGAGGAAGGAACUAAUCAGAACACUCUCCAAAAUGGAAACGUUUCCCAAGCACUUGUACACAGUUCAUCCUUGCAAGAAAGUGUUAGCGUGUCUUUACAGAAAGAACCAACAGAGGGAGCCAGCAACCACGCGGUGGUAACAAGUGAGCAAAACUCAGAGCCACCCGCCUCGUUGCUGCCUCGGCAUCCAUCAGAGGAUCAGAAGCUUUACCAGGACUUACUGGGCCAAGUAAACCACCUCUUAAAGUCCUCAGAAGAGCAAGAUCAUUUGCCUGUAAAAUCAGGAUUUGUUAAUGAUGAUGGUCCUAAGUGUCAGGAUAUUGCUGAUAUAACAGAAACGGCUUCAGAGACUGACACGGGAGUGGUGGAUAAAGAGAGUGUGAUUAGUGCUACACUCAAACAACUGAAGAGUCUUGGAGUGACAAUUGACUCGCCUGGCAAAAUGAAGACAAAUACACACAAAGUGGAGAAUGCCAGCAUCUUAGCGUGCAUAAAUCCUGAAGCAGUGGUUCCUGGACUAAAUUAUAUGUCAUUUGCCAAUGUCAGCAUGUGUGGCUUAACUCCUAAUGUUGUUGAUCUGAGCAUGGAAGCAAAUGCUAUAGCACUCAAGUAUCUCAGUGAAAAUCAGUUAUCUCGACUUUCUCUCAGUCACUCAGGCCAAAAUCCUCCUGCAGAUUUCUCUUUCCAAGACAUCUUGCAUACAAAUAUGGACAAGAGCAUGGUGGGUCUUAGCUUAAUUUCACCAAACAAUAUGUCUUUUGCAACCAAGAAGUACAUGAAGCGAUAUGGGCUGAUACAAGGCAAUGACGGUAGUGAAGACGAAGAGGAGCUGCAGGUUCAAGACGGCAAUUCUGGCACUGUCAAAACCAAAAGCAUGCUGGACAAAAACUGUACCCCUGUGUUGGAUGGCUUCAACCACUGGACUGAAUUAUCCAAAAGAAUUGAUGGAAGACUCCCCAUUCAUCUAAAAAGUCACAGCAGAGAGUUGACUACUAAUGCUUCUCCACCAGAAUUAAACAGCCCUGUGUUAAGAAAUAUUACAAAUGAAAUUUUUCCUCCCAGAACAGAUCAAACAGAUGAAAACUCAGUUCAGAUUUUAAAGGAUUUAAAAUCAAAACCCAAAUUGUUACCUGGGAGGGUUGAAUUCACUGAACAACCUGGCAGGAAAGACGAAGGAGAUAUUCAGGUCUUCCCUGGAAAUCUGCAUACUCCAGCCCUUGAAACAUUAAACCAGUCGAACAGCAUGAAUUCUGUUGGCACCAUUCUUGAUGUGAAACAACUCAGGCAGUUGCCAAAGUUGUUCUGAACAUCCCCCGAGAUGGCUGGCAACCACUGUUUUAAAUCUGAGAGGGACCUCUCUGUAAAAGUCUACAGGAAACCAAGGAUUAAGCUAUCUUUGAAGAGGUCACUGUCGUAGCUAUGUAAAACUUGCAGAACUGAGUUUUCAGCCCAGGUCGGGGACAGCCACCUCUAAAUGCCUGGUUGAGUCAAUGCUGAUUAGCACUGAAGUAUGUGUGCACUUUUGUUUACAGUUAGGUGUGAUUUUAAAGUAUCUAAAAGGUGAAUCAACUUGAGUCCAGGAUGUACUCUUAAUAUACUUUUAACAACGAUGCUUAUUUAAAUGUUCUUCUGUUGACUUUUUUUAAAACACUGACUUUUUUACGUGUUUGUGCCAACUGUGAGCCAUCGAUACUGUGUGUGGCAGAGCAGGGGUAACGGAGCUAAAGCACUAAUUUCUAGAAAUUUGCUGAAAUGGUUGCAUUACUGUGGGGGGGUUGUGGCUGGUGGGAAGGGAAGUAUAACCGUGGCUUUACUUUGCAUAAAAUUAUUUUGAAUUCAGCCCAAAUGGCACAUGUAAUUCUCUGUAUCAUGAAAUCCUGGAAGGAAAUUGGAAAAACUGGCACUUUUAAAACUCUUGUGACUUUUUUUUUUCCCUGAAUGAAUGUUUUCUAUUUAUUUAAGAAGUACGUAUUGCUCAUAAAGGUCAAAGGUUCCAUUAAAAAAAAAAAAAACUUCAGUUGUCUGAUGUAGCCUUUAUUUAAGACAUGUGCCACUUCCCAGUUAUUGUUUAGAAUGGCUAACUGGAAGUGCG